AUGACUUUCGGGGACUUCACCAGCAUCUGCCGCAUGGCACCGCUGCCACUAUGCUCCUCAGUCGGCCCAAUAACCUCCAUCGCAAGCGGCGUGGGCAUCGAACCUGACUGUUUCUCACGGAAUAUUGAGCUGGCAAAUACCAUCAUUUUCCAAGGCGCCGCCAGCGCCAUGCACAUUGUUGCCUUGAUCAUGACUGUAACCAUGAUCCUGCACGUUCGGGGAAAAUUCACGGCAGUUGGUCGGAAAGAAAUUACGAGCUUCUUCUACCUCUACAUGCUCCUCACCUUCCUCUCCCUCUGCAUUGACGCGGGUGUGAUACCCCCAGGAUCGGCACCGUACCCCUACUUCGUCGCUGUUCAGGCCGGUCUCACGUCGGCUUUGGUGACAUGUCUCUUGAUCAAUGGCUUCGUCGGAUUUCAAUUAUACGAGGAUGGGACACCGCUCUCGCUCUGGAUGAUGCGCCUCUGCUCUGCCGCUGCCUUUGUCAUCUCGUUCCUGGUGGCGCUCGCAACUUUCAUGACGUGGGCUGGUCUUGGUCCCACCAACACUAUCGGCUUGUUUGUGGUGCUCUACCUUCUCAACGCCAUCCAACUCUUCGUCUACGUGGUUCUGCAAAUCAUUCUCGUCACUCGGACGCUUCAGGACCGGUGGCCCCUGGGCGAUAUCGCGUUUGGCGUCUUCUUCUUCGUCAUUGGCCAGGUCAUUCUCUAUGCCUUCAGCAGGCCGAUUUGCAAUUCUGUCAGUCACUAUAUGGAUGGACUGUUCUUUGCGACAACGUGCAAUCUUUUGGCCGUCAUGAUGGUGUACAAGUAUUGGGAUUCCAUCACUAAGGAAGACCUGGAGUUCUCGGUGGGCACGAGAAUGAACAACUGGGAGGUCAAGGAGUUGAUGGGACCCUCGCCCGAAGACGACCUGCAGCAACGUCGGGCCACACAAAUUUACCACGACGAUCCAUAUGGCCAGUCGAGUGCCUAUGAUUCUCAUCCGAACCAGCACUAUUCGUCUAGUCCGAACAGGCUCUCCCGGUACCAAUAG